UGUUGCUGUUUGAAGUGUUUGGAAAGAUGCUAGAUUACAGAUCUACACAUGAUCGUAUUUUUCUUGAGGUUCUGGUUCGGUGAGCGAUCAUAACAGUUACUAAUUACAUAAGGCACUAUCACUGGAGCGGUGCUUUGUGCACUGCGAAGCUGAGUGGCGACUCUUGGGUACGAACGGAUAGGCCCUGUGCGGGCCUAUUUCAGGGUCGAUGGCAGCCGAAGGGUUCGGCGGUGGUGAGGCGGCCAAGGCUCAGCGUCACCUGACUCUGCUGCGACAGGAGUAUGUUAAGCUGCAGCAGAAACAUGCCGAGCUGGAGCAGAAGUAUAGCAUAGUGGCGUCAGCGGCCGGGCACCUCGGCACGGAUCAUUACGUCACGCGCCUUAUGCACACCAUCGAGGAGCUCUUUGAUCGCGAGCACUUCAGUGACAUCACAGUGAACUUGGACGGCCGUAAGCUUCACGCACACCGCAUCGUGCUGGCCGCUCGCGGUGGCGUGGAGCUCUGGGGUGACCAGCCGCUGGCCGAGAUCACUGAGUUUGAGCUGAAGGAGGUCAGCUACGAGGUGGGAUACGCCCUAAUGCGAUGGGUGUACACCGAUCGCUUGGAACUGCCGCCGCGUAUCGAUUUUGUUCUCCAAUUGUUGACGGCAGCCGCCAAAUACAGGCUUACGUCGCUACUGAACAAGUGUGAGAAUGGCCUGGUAUCCAUGGUAACUGUAAAGAACUGCGUCCGACUGUUUCAGGUGGCCAAUGAUACCAAUGCCAAGGACCUACGCAAGUACUGUCUGGAAAUGAUCACCAACCAUUGGGAUGAGUUAGACACGGCAUGCUUUGCGGACAUGAGUGCACAGCUACUGUACGAAAUGUUCAAAGACAAGACACACUGUCCACUGCAUCUGGCAAUCCAACAUCAGCGUGAGGACAUUGUAUUUCUCUAUCUCAUUGAGUACGACAGUGAGUUGUCGGCCAAGCUAAACGAGCGCAACGAGGCUGACUCACUACCUAUUGAGCUUGCUCUACGUGUGCGCUGUCACAGCAUAGCUGAAACACUCGUCAGUCACGGCUGUAACCUGGAUAUGCCGAAUGACAAGGCUGGAGGUGAAUGUCUACUACACUCCGCCAUACGUCGAGGUGACCAGUACGCGGCCGACUUCUUGAUCACACGUGGUGCUAGCGUCAACGAGGUCACCACGGAUACGAGAGAGAGCGCCCUGCACCUGACGGCGAGCUACGACUCCAACGCGGCCCUGGCACGCCUGUCGUCGCCCGGGCAACGGGGCAGCACGCAUAGCGCCACCACCACUUACCCGGCGGAGAGCAUGGCGGAGGUCGCAAAGCUGUUGCUAGGCAAUGGGGCCAACGCCAACAUGCAAGACAGUCAGGGCAGUACUCCUCUUCAUCGGGCCAUCAUGUCACGCAAUAAGACCGUGUUUGAUAUCCUGCUGGCUCAUGAUAGACUGGACUUGGAACUGCGUGACAAGGAGCGUCGCACUCCCCUCUGGCUGGCGUUGGAGAGUGAGUCAAACGAGGGCGGUGGCCGAAUGGACGUGGACUCGACGGCGACGAUAUCAGCCAGGCUUGUUGCACGCGGCAGCAGUGUGGAGGCAGUGGACCCGAUGUCAGGUACCUCUCUGCUACACAAGGCGGCCGCUGCUGGCUUUGAGACGGCGGCGCUGUUCCUGUGUCGUCAUGGCGCCAUGGCCAACAGUACUGAGCGCGAGAGUCGAGAGACACCGCUUCACGUAGCCUCACGUAAUGGCCUCAGCCAGCUCUGCGGUCAACUCUUGCAGAGUGGCAGUGACCCGAACGCGCGCACAGUGGCAAUACAGCGCGCACGCACGUCCAUCCCGCAGCAGCCGGUCGCUCAGAGCUCGGUGGAUGAGCCGUCGUCGCUGCGGCAUACCGCUGUUGGGGUAUCGUCCACGGCUCCGUCCGCGCAGCAUUCCGCCCAGCAUUCCGCCCAGGCGAGCCGCGCCGGUUCUGUUGAUGUGGGUGUCCCUGCUGCGGCAACGAUGGCCGUGGCAACGGUGCCUAGUGCUCACGGUGCUGUGUCGCCGCAGAGGUUUGGCCUCGGUGCCACGUCGGGCUGGAGCUCGGAUACGGACGGCAUGUCGGCGGCGCUGUCCAACCUCUCCGAUCUCACGGCGGCCGUCUCCAACACUCCCGGUGGCAAUCCGUUCUUUUCCCCCGUUGAGGAGAAUGCACCGUCUGGUCCGGGUAAUCCAUUCGGAGCUGAGACGCCGUCUGAUGGUGGCAAUCCGUUUGGUGUUGCUAGUCCGCCCAAGCCAGCACCCUCUCCGGGAAAUCCUUUCGGUGAUGAUGAAGAAGAUGACUUGUCACCGCACAGUAGAUCAGGACCGGCUAGUACCGACGGCUCAAUGUCUAUGGCAGCACGUCACCACCAGCAACAGCAGCAACACCAACAGCAGCAACCUGCCACUGCCACUGCUGCUGCAGCUAUGCCUGAACCAGCUGCCGCCCCUGCUCCGGUUGUUGAUCUACUGCACCUGGAAGCCACCGCACCGUCCAUUGGCGGACUGCGCACUCCGCUCAUGAUGGCUAUCAUCGGUGGCCAUACGGCAGUUGUCAAUGUCUUCCUGGAAUUCAGGCCAUCCACUGCACAGCACACAGCCGUGGACCUGGAGAUACGCGACGGUGACGAUGAGUCGGCGCUGGGCGUCGCUCUGAAUUGCCGUGCGUACAACAUUGCGGCCGUUCUCCUUUCGGCUGCUGCCCGGGUGGACGCGAACACGAGCAGUGGCUUGACGUUACUGCACAAGGCCAUUCUCAGAGAUGACACCGGCGCGGCGUCGUUCCUAUUGGAGCACGGUGCCAACAUCGACACCAGAACGCGAGACAACCGCUCACCACUGCAGCUGGCCAUCACCCGGCGACUACCCAGCGUUGUGGAGGUCCUCUGUCAGCGCGGUGCGGAUCUGAAUGCCGUCGAUGAGAAUGGAACCAUGCCGCUGUGGGCAGCGCUCAUGAGCAAGCAGAUGGAUAUCGCCACCACACUGGUGAAGUUUGGCUGCGACCCUAACUGCUGGACGGUAGCACCCGACGGUCUCCAACAGACGUUGCUGCACCGAGCCAUUGCCAUGCGCAAUGAAGAAGCGGCCGUCUUUCUAGUGAAGAGUCGUGCUGACGUGGACAGCUCACGCCGCAACCCAGACGGUUCUAAUGCCAGCGGUGGUAGCACUCCCUUGCACCUGUGUGCUGCCUCUGGUCUGGACCAUGUUGUGCAGUGUUUAGUAGUGGAGAAUGCAAUGGUCAAUGCCACGGAUACGGACGGCAGGGCACCGAUUCACAUCUCGAUCAGCGCCAAGCAGAACAAAGUCACGGCUCUGCUGCUCUCCCAUCCCAAUCUUGACCUGGGACUGAAGGACCGGCUGGGACAGACGCCGUUUGCCGCUGCGCUAGCUGCUAGAGACAACGACGCCGCCAACAACAUCCUUCAGCGCAGUCCAGACUCUGCCCACCAGACGGAUUCCCGCGGCCGUAACUUCCUGCACCAUGCCGUGGAGAAGGGUGACGUGGAGGCGCUGGUCUUCCUGAUGAGUGUGGGUGUUGACGUGCGUACCCCCGUACAGAACGCCAGCAACCAGUCUGCACUGCAUCUGGCCGUCAUGUCCGGAUCGGAGAUCAUCUGCAGACACUUGUUAUUGGCAGGGUGCACAGCAGCAGAUAUUGAUCACCAUCGUCGCACGCCACUACACUUAGCGGCCGGUGAAGACCAUGCUUCCAUUGCCGGCGUCUUACUGGACAAUGGUGCUGAUCCGAACAGUAUCGAUGAUAACUACGACAAUGCCCUGCACAUUUCUGUUCAAAGUGGUCACCUGUCCGUCAGCCGUAAGCUGCUCGCAGACUCUGAUGUCAACUGCGAAGUCGCAAAUCUUAGGGGUCAAACUGCUCUUCACCUACUGUGCAAUAACCCCAAGGACAACGCUGCAGCGCUGUUUGACAGCAUGAUGGAAUAUAGACCACAGUUAAAUGUCAACUUCCCCGAUGCAGAAGGAAACACACCUAUUCUCCUGGCGUACAUGUCCGGUGCUGGUAACCUGUGUCGCUCACUACUACGCCACAACGCCCACCCCGGCGUGAUCAACAAACAAGGAGUGUCGAUGUUCAACUCACCUGUGGCCACCAAGAAACUGCUCUUCCGACUGCUGGAGAUGCUUAGUAGUGAGCCACCGUGGCUGGAAGGCACGCAGUGUUACACCUGCCAAGCUAACUUUGGUAUCAAGACCAGGAAACACCACUGUCGCCACUGCGGCCGAUUGCUCUGCUCCAAGUGCACGCAACAGCAGAUGCCUAUUAUCAAGUAUGACAUCCACAAGCCGACGCGUCUCUGUGAAACUUGCUACGACGUUCUCAGCAUGCAACACACAUAGGUGGAUGUGUGUAUAUGUGCAGAUGGGGUCCAUGCAGCUCUGCGUUGGUGCUAAGCAUGUGUGCGUGUGUGUGCGUGUGUGUGUGUGUACGCAUGCUUGCCCGGAGCUACAUGUCAUUAUUCUUUCGCCUGACCGCUCCAUUGAGGCCUGAGGACUGCUGCUGGUAUUCCCAUCAAUGUUCCUCGCAUCUCUUGAACCAAAGUUCAAGAUUCUCUGGGUCUACCUGUGUUUUUUGUAUUUUAGCCGUGUCCCCUUCUGAACCAAGUGUUUCACAGUGAUCAACCUUCCUUUGUCAUGAGAAUAUUCUCUGUGCGCCUAUUAUUUUACCUUUGCACGGGCAGAUAGAGUAUUUUACCAGAUAUGCGCAUACCGCGCACGGAUUUGUGUACGUGUGUGUACGUGUGUACGUUUGUACUUGUGCCCCUUUUUUAACAUAUGAUGGAAGCUAUUCACUGUUAUGCUGUACAAGUAGUCUCUUCCUCUUCGCCAUUGCUCUCUAUUAUUUAUACAUGUUCUGAUGUGCUGUUUCCCACUGUCAGUGAGCCUGGUGCUCUCCCCGGCCCCACUGCCCGGUAUAGCACUUUGUGUGUAUUUCCUCAAUUUUUCUGUGCUCCUAGAUAAUCAUGAGUCAUAGUAGGCGAUUGUAAGUUUUGUUUUGAGAUUUUUACCCGAACCUGGGGUCGAUUGACCCCACGUGCUCACUGCCGGUUUUCUGGUCUUCCAAAAUAUGUUGGUGAUGUUUUUACGUGAAUAGCUUCUUCAGUCUUGAUAGGCAGGCCUGUGUACAGUGUUUCUGGAUAUGGACUAGGCAAAUUUUGUGUUUUUUAAUUUUUGGUUUUUGUAGUUCUUGUUAUUAUGGUUAUGGUCAGAGGCAGCUACUGGCCUGUCUGUCGACACUUGCAAUAGUGCUGUGUGAAGUUGGACUAGAA